CCAAACUACAAGCAAAAUACAAACAUGACGUUUCACAAAAUCUUUUUCGUAAUCUCUCUAAUGCUCAUUGUUUCUUUGGUUAAUGCAGUUGACUACUCUGUUGUCGACAACACCGGUGACUCCGCCGGAGGAAGGAGAUUCCGAGGAGAGAUCGGUGGUGUAAGCUAUGGCACACAGUCACUAAGAUCUGCCACAGACUUCGUUUGGCGUUUGUUCCAACAAACCAACCCUUCAGACAGAAAGUCCAUAACAAAGAUCACACUCUUCAUGGAGAACGGUCAAGGUGUAGCGUUCAACACAGGGAACGAGAUUCACUUCAACGUGGGAUACCUCGCUGGUGUAUCAGGAGAUGUAAAAAGAGAAUUCACUGGAGUGGUUUAUCAUGAAGUAGUCCAUUCUUGGCAGUGGAAUGGCGCGGGUCGGGCUCCGGGUGGGCUUAUCGAAGGGAUAGCGGAUUACGUGAGGCUUAAAGCGGGUUAUGCCCCGAGCCAUUGGGUUGGACCUGGUCGUGGUGAUAGAUGGGAUCAAGGUUAUGAUGUUACCGCGAGGUUCUUGGAUUAUUGUAAUGGUUUGAGGAAUGGGUUUGUGGCUGAGCUGAACAAGAAGAUGAGGAAUGGUUAUAGUGAUAGCUUCUUUGUUGAGUUGCUUGGGAAAGAUGUGAAUCAGCUAUGGAGAGAGUACAAGGCCAAGUAUGGUCAAUGAAUACACCAAUGAUAUGACAAUAAUCUCAAUAUGGGUAUUGAAAAUAAUAUAAAAUAAAACACGUUAAGUGAAAAUAAAAGAAAAUGGUUUGUAAUCUUUUAUGGUGUUGUUAAGUUUCUAUUGGAAAACACAUUUACGUGUAAGGUCUUGCUAAAUCUGGUAUUGUAAGUUAAUAAAAUAUAUUGUCUUGCUAAAUUUAGUAUUGUAAGGUAUUAUAUAUUGGGAGUUGAUAUUUUAGAUCAUUAUAUCAGUGUUUGUUCGUGACCGUGGUCGAAUAAAUUAAA